AUGCUGUUGUGUUUCGGUUGGUUUAGAUUAGCCAGAGUUAAACUUCUUUACUCACAUAGACCUGGCAACCCAGAUAUUUUCUCAUAUGCUAAAGUAAAUCGGAUAUCGUAUUUUGCUGCUCAGGACUUCUGACUUUACUACUCAAGCUAGCAAGCUACAUCAUCUUCCCUCAGACUUCCAUCCAGACGAACAAUGUAGUUAGUGAAUAAAACGUGGUCUUUGUUCCUGUACAGAUCCAGGUUCUGUGUCCAUAUCCAGUUAACCAUGCAAGCGUCACGCUCUGCACACGUAGCCACCGGCGUGGAGAAUAACGUUACAGCUGCUGGAGAGUCUAGUAAUGAAACCAAAACACACUUCCGAGUCUGUCGCUUCAUCAUCGAGACAGGAGUGAAGUUGGGUAUGCGGUCUGUUCCUGUAGCCACUGCAUGUUCACUCUACCACAAGUUCUUCCAGACUGCCAGUUUACAGGUCUAUGAGCCGUACUUGGUAGCCAUGUCCUGCAUCUAUCUUGCGGGCAAAGUUGAAGAACAGCAUCUCAGAACAAGAGACAUUAUCAACGUCUGUCACAGAUAUUUCCGCCCCGGAAGUGAUCCAUUGGAGCUGGAUGAGAAAUUCUGGGAGCUGCGAGAUAGUGUAGUCCAGUGUGAACUCCUCAUUCUGAGACAGCUCAACUUUCAUGUGUCAUUCGAACAUCCUCAUAAAUACCUCCUGCACUACCUACUGUCCGUGCGGAGUUUGCUGAACCGUCAUGCUUGGUCUCGGACCCCCAUUGCUGAAACAGCCUGGGCCCUGCUCAAAGACAGUUACCAUGGACUAGUGUGUGUGCGCCAUCAGCCUCAGCACCUCGCAAUUACAGCACUCUACCUUGCGCUGCACACUUAUGGAGUCAAGGUGCCUGCUGGAGAAAGGGAGUGGUGGCAGGUUCUGUGUGAGGACAUUACCAAAGCCCAGAUUGAGGCCAUAUUGACUGAACUGUUGCAGCUCUAUGACAUGGAAGCCAAAUGCACCUGAGAGGGAACAGAGUGUGAACCAGGCCAUGUAAAGCUGACUACAUCGUAGUCUAUAGUCCUCCCCCCCAAAACUGAUGUCCCCCCACCCCACCCCCCAGUCCCCUGAGACCAGAGAAAGUCUGGAUCAUGGACCAAAUUCCAGAAAUAGUUUUUAUGUUCUGCUAUUAUACAGCUGGAUUUUUUUCACAGCUAAGGAAAUUGUCAAAGUGCCAAUGCCCACACUAAUGUGAGGUAGGGUAAUGAGGACUGAGAGUGUGAGUCACCAGGUGACAGUCAGAAAAACAGGCUUUAGCCACAGCACAUCAAUCAGUUUCCAAGCUCGUGCCCUACUUUCUUUUCCUCCCUUGUUCCAGUUUCUCUGGGAAGGAAAGAGGGAGUGUGAGAAAAGGGGUAAAGUGUGGAAGGAAAAAUAAGAAUUAAAGAAGAUAUCUAACCAUGGCAAACUAUCCUGGGAGCUUGUCUUUACUGAAGGUAAAGCAGCCAAAAUUUGGGGCACUGCUUUGAUAUGCUAUAAUUUAAUUACACACUUUCUCUCCCAUUAAAAUUUAUCUCUAUGGUUCCCUGAAGUUAUAUUACAGUAUAUUAUGUAAUACUGUAAAUUGUGAUUGAGUAAGACGGUCUGAGUUUUGUGCACUCCACUAUUAAGGUAUUUUUAAAACAAAAUGUUAUAAAAGUGGGGGGAAAAAAUCCAUUACUUUUUUAGUUACUUUAGUGCAUGUCUUUUGUUUCAUGACUCUCAUAUACUAUUAGCGUCACAUUGGACCAUACCACUCGAGAGCUUUUACUGUGUGGUCACUUUCUCCCAUAUCAAAGGAAAAAUAAAGGAAUUCAAGUUGGGUAAAUUUGAAUAAAAUUUAAUUAAAUCAGAA